UAUAAAAUACAUGGAUGCAUGUAUAUUUGAAAGUAUUCGGAAAAAAAUCAAACUUCUCGUCGUCGUCGUCUUCAACUUUCUGGUUUUCGUAUUCUCUCUGGUGAAAUCAGGUUAUUCAAAAAUCCAGUCUUCCUCUCCAAUACAAGAACCCCAUGUCACCAUGUGAGUUAUGUAAUCAUAACUACAGGUCAUAUUCAUAUUUUCCCAGAAUAUGAUCAAUUCAUUUUGUAUGAGAGGAAGAGAUUAACGAAAUCUAAAAUUCAAAAUCCAAAUCAUGAAAAUAUCAUGGCGAAAAAUCAUGCACAUUGAUUGGAGGAAUAAUGGGAAAUUACCCAAGAAGAAGAAGGAUGAUGCUGCUGAUGAUGAUGAUGAUUGUUUUUAUGAUGCUCUGGAUGAACCAUCUGUUAACAACAAUGGUAAUUCGACUUUCAACACUGAUCGACCACCGCCUCUGUCGUCUGAUAAUGAUUCGUUGUUUGGAGAUGGAAUUCAAUCCGAUUCGUACGCUUCAGAUAGAUUUCAUCACCAACCGAGCUCAAAUUCCGAUCAGACGUCGCCAUUAGCAAAAUCUCCGUGGUCGUCGUAUACGGAACAAACGGAGUCUGCUUCUAUGGAUGAUUAUGGUAAUUACAUCGGAUUAAUGGCUUCUCUUGUUCGAGAAGAAGGACAUAUAUAUUCGUUAGCGGCGUCGGGAAAUCUGUUGUACACCGGAUCUUCUAGCAAAAACAUUCGUGUGUGGAAGAACCGUCAGGAAUAUUCUGGAUUCAAAUCGCAUAGUGGAUUAGUCAAAGCCAUUGUGAUUUCCGGCGAGAAAAUAUUCACCGGCCACCAGGACGGGAAAAUUAGGGUUUGGAAAGCUUCGGGAAAGGAUCCGGAAGUCCAUAAGAAGAUCGGAACUCUACCUAAUUUCAAAUCGAUUGUUAAGAAAUCGAUGAAACCGAAGAAUUACAUAGAAGUUAAGAGAAAUCAUAGCGGAAUUUGGAUCAAACAUUUCGAUGCAAUUUCUAGUCUCAGUUUGAACGAAGAUCAUUCGCUUUUGUAUUCAGGAUCGUGGGACAAAACGAUGAAAGUUUGGAGAGUAUCUGAUUUCAAAUGUUUGGAAUCGAUUUCUGCUCAUGACGACGUGAUUAACACCGUGGUGACCGGAUUCGGUGAUUUCGUAUUUUCCGGCUCGGCGGACGGAACAUUGAAGGUAUGGCGGAGGGAAUCGCAAGGGAAACGAACGAGACAUUACUUUUCGCACACGUUACUGCGGCAGGAGUUUGCCGUGACGUCGUUAGCAGUUAGUCUGGCAGGGGUGGUUUACGGUGGUUGUUCAGAUGGAGUGGUGCAUUUUUGGGAACACGAGAAGCUGAGCCACGACGGCGUUCUCAGAGGCCAUAAACUUGCGGUUCUAUGCCUAGCGGCUUUGGGAACGAUGGUGUUCAGCGGCUCGGCAGAUAAAAACAUCUGUGCGUGGCGGCGAGAGGAGGGCGGAGGGCAUACGUGUAUGUAUAUAUUAAACGGACAUACCGGGCCGGUGAAGUGUUUGGCGGCGGUGGAGGAGGAGCGGCGGAGAGUGAAAAGCCAUGGUGACGUUGGUGGUGGCGAUAUGGUGUGUAUAUUAUAUAGUGGUAGUUUGGAUAAGUCGGUGAAGAUAUGGAGGAUGUGUCAACCGAGGUGGACGACGGAGAACCCUUCGUUGCCACCACCAUCGCCGCAACGGAUUGAUGGGUUACGGCGGAGCAGGGCAGAGGGUCAGAACAGAUUAUCACACCGCCGAGUGAGUAAACGGAAAAAGUAG